AUGGCAGGUAACGAUUGGAUUAACAGUUACUUGGAGGCGAUUUUGGAUGUGGGUCCAAACUUAGACGACGCUAAAGCGUCGCUGUUGCUCCGGGAAAGAGGCAGGUUUAGCCCCACCCGCUAUUUCGUGGAGGAGGUCAUCACUGGAUUCGAUGAGACAGAUCUCCAUCGUUCUUGGGUUAAGGCUCAAGCAACGAGGAGUCCCCAAGAGAGAAACACUAGAUUGGAGAAUAUGUGUUGGAGGAUUUGGAAUUUGGCUCGUCAAAAGAAGCAGCUGGAGGGACAGUUGGCCCAGAGAAAGGCCAAACGUCGUCUUGAACGUGAAAAAGGCCGCAGAGAAGCCACUGCUGAUAUGUCUGAAGACUUAUCAGAAGGGGAGAAAGGAGAUAUUGUUAGCGAUGUAUCUGCUCAUGGAGAGAACAACAAAAGCAGAUUGCCUAGAAUAAGUUCCGUUGAUGCAAUGGAGACUUGGGCUAGUCAGCAGAAAGGAAAAAAGCUAUACAUUGUACUAAUAAGCCUUCAUGGUCUAAUUCGAGGUGAAAAUAUGGAGCUUGGUCGGGAUUCUGAUACUGGUGGCCAGGUUAAGUAUGUUGUGGAACUUGCAAGGGCAUUGGGUUCAAUGCCAGGAGUUUAUCGUGUUGAUUUGCUGACUAGGCAAGUUGCAUCACCUGAAGUAGAUUGGAGCUAUGGUGAACCCACAGAGAUGUUGACACCAAGAAAUUCAGAAGAUUUAAUGGAUGACAUGGGAGAGAGCAGUGGUGCUUAUAUUGUACGAAUACCAUUUGGUCCUAGGGAUAAAUAUAUACCCAAAGAACUUCUGUGGCCUCAUAUCCCUGAAUUUGUUGAUGGUGCACUUAGCCAUAUAAUACAGAUGUCCAAUGUUCUGGGUGAGCAAAUUGGCAGUGGGAGACCAGUCUGGCCUGUUGCCAUCCAUGGACAUUAUGCAGAUGCAGGCGACUCUGCUGCUCUUCUAUCUGGUGCUUUAAAUGUACCAAUGCUUUUUACUGGCCACUCACUUGGACGGGAUAAGUUGGAACAACUUUUGAAGCAGAGUCGCUUAUCAAAGGAUGAAAUAAAUACAACAUACAAAAUCAUGCGCCGAAUAGAGGCUGAAGAAUUAUCUCUUGAUGCCUCUGAAAUAGUCAUAACCAGUACUAGACAGGAAAUAGAUGAGCAAUGGCGUUUAUAUGAUGGUUUUGAUCCCGUUCUGGAGCGUAAAUUGCGUGCAAGGAUCAGGCGUAAUGUCAGCUGCUAUGGAAGGUUCAUGCCUCGCAUGGUUAUAAUUCCUCCUGGAAUGGAAUUCCAUCAUAUUGUCCCACAAGAUGGUGAUAUGGAUGGCGAGAUAGAAGGAAAUGAAGAACAUCCAUCUUCCCCUGAUUCGCCUAUUUGGUCUGAGAUAAUGCGCUUCUUCACAAAUCCUCGAAAGCCUAUGAUACUUGCACUUGCUAGACCAGAUCCCAAAAAGAACAUCACAACUUUGGUCAAAGCUUUUGGAGAAUGUCGUCCACUACGGGAGCUUGCCAACCUUACACUGAUCAUGGGAAACCGAGAAGGAAUUGAUGAAAUGUCGAGCACAAAUGCUUCUGUUCUUCUCUCAGUACUUAAGCUUAUUGACAAAUAUGAUCUUUAUGGACAAGUGGCAUAUCCUAAACACCAUAAACAGUCUGAGGUAGCUGAUAUUUACCGUCUAGCGGCAAAGACAAAGGGUGUUUUCAUCAAUCCUGCUUUUAUCGAACCAUUUGGGCUCACUUUGAUCGAGGCUGCAGCUCAUGGUUUGCCGAUUGUUGCCACCAAAAAUGGAGGUCCUGUUGACAUACAUCGGGUCCUUGACAAUGGUCUUCUUGUUGAUCCUCAUGAUCAGCAGUCUAUUGCUGAUGCUCUUCUGAAGCUUGUUGCGGACAAGCAUCUCUGGGCAAGAUGUCGUCAAAAUGGUUUGAAGAACAUUCACCUAUUUUCAUGGCCAGAGCACUGUAAAACUUACUUAUCUCGAAUUGCGAGCUGUAAACCAAGGCAUCCACAGUGGCAAAGGAGUGAUGUUGGAGGUGAAAGUUCAGAAUCAGAUUCACCAAGUGAUUCCUUGAGAGAUAUACAUGAUAUUUCUUUGAACCUGAAGUUUUCUAUGGAUGGGGAUAGGAGUGGAACUAGUGGAAAUGAUAAUUCUUUAGAUGCUGAAGGAAAUUCUGACAGAAAUAUCAAGUUGGAGAAUGCCGUUUUAUCAUGGUCAAGAGGUGUUAAAGAUCAAAGGAAAGCUGGAUCUGGAGACAGAGUUGAGCAUAGCUCCAGCACAGGAAAGUUUCCGGCAUUAAGAAGGAGGAAACACAUCUUUGUCGUUGCUGUGGACUCUGAUUCCAAUGAAGAUCUUCUUGAUGCCAUCAGAAAGAUUUUUGAGGCCGUUGAAAAAGAAAGGAUUGAAGGCUCAAUAGGUUUUAUAUUGUCAUCAUUUAUGACAAUUUCCGAGAUACAUUCUUUUCUGGUCUCUGGUGGCUUGAAUGCUAAUGAUUUUGAUGCUUUCAUCUGCAAUAGCGGUAGUGAUCUCUUCUAUUCAACUAUUAAUCCUGAAGAUGGUCCCUUCGUAAUCGACUUCUAUUACCAUUCACACAUUGAAUAUCGUUGGGGUGGGGAAGGCUUGAGAAAGACUUUGCUCCGUUGGGCCGGAUCAAUUACUGAUAAGAAGGCAGGAAAUGAGGAACACAUUGUAACUUCAGCUGAACAACUUUCAACAAAUUAUUGUUAUGCUUUUGAAGUGAAAAAUGCAGGAAUGGUUCCCCCUGUUAAGGAGCUCCGAAAGUUGCUGAGAAUUCAAGCUCUCCGUUGCAAUGUUAUUUAUUGUCGAUAUGGAACUAGGAUAAAUGUAAUUCCGGUUUUGGCAUCUCGUUCACAAGCUCUCAGGUAUCUGUUUGUUCGGUGGGGCAUCGACCUGUCGAAGAUGGUGGUUUUCGCUGGAGACUCGGGGGAUACAGAUUACGAAGGGUUGCUUGGUGGGGUGCAUAAAUCCGUGGUAUUGAAGGGAAUCUGCAGCAACACAAGCAACCAACUGCUCGCCAACAGAAACUAUCCACUCUCCGAUGUCAUGCCCGUUGACAGCCCCAACAUUCUUCAGACAUCCCAAGAUUGCACUAUCUCUGACAUCCGUGAUUCCUUGGAGAAUCUACUUAAAAUCUAAGAACUUCACAGCCUUGCCUCCGUUCAGCGCUAUCGUCUCUCGGUCCUUUCUCCUGCUCUUAAACAUUAUCUUUAAGACAUAGACUUUACAGGGCUGUUAGCUUUUUCUUGUUCACCCUGAAACAUCUCAAACCAUUCUAAAUGUAUCCCCCGAGAGACUUGUACAUUCCCUCUAAGUGUUCGUUUGCUGUUUGAUUUUGUAGCCAAUAAGUUCAAAUACCAGCUGUUGAACUCAAUUUGCAUGGCUGCUGUAUUACUAAAGAUGUGUGGAAUUGGAUGCCUGUAUUUGGCAUUGUUCUUAUGAUCAUAAUAAUCUGUUUAACACCAA